UAUAUAUAUAGAACUAAAGCCAUCAAUCUCGUCAUCAGGGCAAUUGGAGCGACAAUGUCUGUUGAAAAGGUUCCGGUUUGCUGUAUUAUGGGUCAAACAGAUUGUGGGAAAACCAAAUUGUUGGAAUAUAUGGGAAGCUAUGAUGAUAUAAAGAAGCAGCAGCAGCAGCAGAAUCAUGGUGGCAGGAGUGCCGCUUUCUUUCCAGCCAAGUACAUAGAGGAGAGAGCAGCAGCAGGAGCAGCAGCAGCAGAAGAGAGAGAAGUGGAUGGUCCUUUAUCAAUCAAUCUCCCUGGUUUACUCAUCGUUGAUAUCUCCGCUGUUGAGUCAGAUUCUAACAAGCGUCUGCGGGCUUGGCUUUCAUGUGAUCUUCCUGUUUUAGUUCUUGACAUUGCUGUUGGGGUCGAUCAUGAAAUAAUUGACUUAGUCAAGCUCUUGAGAUUGUUUCAUAAGGAUUUCGUCCUUGUAUUGAAUAAGGUGGACAAACUUUUAGGAUGGAAAAAUUGCCCCAACACUCCUAUUUCAAGGGCAGUACCCCUGCAGAGGACAGAGGUGCAAUCUGAGUUAUCUUCAAGGAUCAAACAGGUUAAAACCGCGUUAACGAAGGAAGGAGUAGAAGCUGUCAGGAUUCUACCUACUAGCACAGUUAGGCAUGUCCUGGUCCCUCCCUAGAUCCUUUGUUUUUCUUAGCUUUCC